AUGCCUCGAUCAUGUUGUCGAUGUUCAUCUAUAUGUUGUUUAUCACGACGUAAAUCAAAAUCAUUUCCAAUACAUGAAAAACAACGUGAAGCAGAAGUAAAUAAAGUAUUUAUACGACAUGUCGGAAGUGUUCGUGUAACAACAACAAAUAUACCUGAUCAAGAAACAAAAUUAAAAGGAACGAUUAAAAAUAAUUCAACUCAAUCAUCUUUAAAAUCUAAACAAGUUAAAACACCAUCACCAUUACCAAAAACUAUUAAUGAUAUUCAAGAAGAAAAUCAUGAUAAAACUAUUACACAUACAACAUUAUCAAUAGAUAGUGAUUCUAAUCAACAUAAGAAGAAUUCAAAACAUCAAUCAUGUAAUGAAAUUUAUGAUUUAAGUAAAGAGAAUAAAAAAACAUCAAAUGAUAUUAAAUCAUCAGCGAAAAGUAAAGUUAUUUUAGAAAAUGUUAGAAAAAUGAUUAAAGAUCAACAGUGUAAUUCUACUCGACAAAAAGAAUCAGCUCGAUUAUAG